AUGAACGACGAAAUGAUCCUCUUCUUCUUCACGCUCCCGCUCCUCGCAUGGGACGUGAUUAUUGAAAAUCUGGAGCCGCUCGAAAUGUGAGAAAGGUCUUUUAUUUCAAUUUGACUGAUUCGAUUGUUUUCAGAGUAGCGAUGGCCAUGUACGGAGGGGAUUUCCGGAGGGCUGCUAUCCGGGCCCUAAGAAACUUAAAAUUGAAGUUGUGGAUGAAAAUAGAUUUGUUUAAUGACGAAUCUGUUCAUUGCGAGAUACGAUUGCACGAGUCUGUUCAUUGCAAAGAAAGACUCGUGAUUGUCCUGAGAAAAACAGAAAUGCUUGGCACAAUGAGUAGCGUCAAAACCGUUAGGGAAGACACCAACUUGUAAGCAACUCCCCUUUUGAAGCAAUUACAUAGUUUAUUCAUUGUUUACAGAAUUAAUGUGUAUGUCGAAACCGCGCCCAGUGGAUUCAUGACGAGAAUGUAUGACAUCUCGACGUACACCUCCGUUUCCGUCGACGAUUUGUUGAUUUCCGAGAAAUUGGACUGGGGAGAUGUUGCCGGCUGCGUCAAGCUUAUCCUGAAAGGACAAAGUCUCAAAUUUUUGAAAGUGGAACAGGAGCAAACCAGUUCAAAGAUACUGGAGUGGAUCACCGAAGACGUCAAGCAUGUUGAGCACAUCUUCGUGGAAGCUCAAACCGUUGAGGGGCUCUAUUUUGCAGAGGACAAGAAGGUAAUCGACUGAAAUCAUUUAUUAAUAACUGUUUUUACCAAUUUACAGAUUGGUUACUUGUACCUGGAAAAUCCGCAAUGGAUUAGCGCGGCUCUGGUCAAAAACAUCAACUGUUCCAAGCUGCAUAUCGAAGGGCUCACGUGGUUCAAUUUGGACAUCUUCAACGAGUUUCUGCACAGUUGGCUCCAAGGAGGAAACGAGAAUGUGACAGAUGUGCGUAUCUUCUUCCAAGAUUUUAGAAAAAUUGUGGACAAGGAGAAAGUCCUCCGAGGACUCACCGCGGUUCCGAGAAAUCCGUCGAGUGGAACUUUAGUGUGAGUUUGCACCAACACGCUGAAAACAAAAAGACACUUUAUUUCAGGCAGCACAGUCGUUAUGAAAAAUUUCAUAUUAUGCAGUACAUGCGUGAAGGUAUGGACAUCAUCCGACCAGACGGAACCACUGCAACAGUGGAUAUCCAACCAGGAGAGCUUUCGUUCCACAGGUGGUAA